GAGAAAGGACCUGGGAGCCGGCCGCGCCUGCGCAGUCCACCCGGCCUCGGUUUGCCCGGUCUCCAUGGCAACGAGGCCGGCCCAGAGGCCUCAGCCAUCGCGGGCGAGAUGAAGCUGAAGCGGUUCUUGCUGCGAUACUACCCUCCCGGCAUUAUUCUGGAAUAUGUUCAAGGCGGGGAAGUGAAAACCAAAUCCAUAGAUUUACUAGACCUGAAUGCUGCUACAGAUGUAGGAGCCUUAGUAGAAGAUAUUAGAAAGUCAGAACCCCUUAUCACAGCCUCUCGUAAAGACCAAGUUGUACAUUUAAUACUACGACUACAAGAGAAGCUUGGACAACCAGUGGACCACAAGUUCCAUCUUUUUAAGGUACUUCGAGCACAUAUAUUGCCAUUGACUAAUGUUGCCUUCAACAAAUCUGGUUCUUGUUUCAUCACCGGAAGUUAUGACAGAACAUGCAAAGUGUGGGACACAGCAUCAGGAGAAGAGUUACGUUCUCUGGAAGGACAUAGGAAUGUGGUAUAUGCAAUUGCUUUCAAUAAUCCCUAUGGUGACAAGAUUGCUACAGGAUCUUUUGACAAGACCUGCAAAUUAUGGAGUGUGGACACAGGAAAAUGUUAUUAUACCUUUAGAGGACACACUGCAGAAAUAGUCUGCUUGUCCUUUAACCUUCAAAGCACCUUGGUUGCUACUGGAAGUAUGGAUACUACAGCUAAAUUGUGGGACAUACAGAAUGGAGAAGAAGUAGUCAGAUUAACAGGGCAUUCUGCAGAGAUUAUUGCAUUGUCCUUUAACACUACAGGAGAUAGGGUCAUUACAGGUUCCUUUGACCACACAGUUGCUGUAUGGGAUGUUGACACGGGCAGGAGGAUACAUACGUUAAUAGGGCAUCGUGCAGAAAUAAGUAGCGCACAGUUCAAUUGGGACUGUACCCUGAUAAUCACUGGCUCAAUGGACAAAACAUGCAUGCUGUGGAAUGCCCUCUCUGGCAAACGGGUGGCAACUUUAAGUGGGCAUGAUGAUGAAGUGUUAGAUGUUUGUUUUGAUUAUACUGGCCAGCGUAUUGCAACUGCUUCAGCUGAUGGGUCAGCAAGAGUUUAUGAUGCAGAAACAAAAAAAUGUAUUGCAAAACUUGAAGGUCAUGGAGGGGAGAUUUCAAAGAUCUGCUUCAAUCCUCAAGGCAGUCGUAUUCUUACAGCCAGUUCCGAUAAGACAGCUCGACUUUGGGACCCACAGACCGGGCAAUGCAUUCAAAUACUAGAAGGUCAUAAUGAUGAGAUAUUUUCAUGCGCUUUCAACUACAAGGGCAAUAUAAUUAUUACAGGUAGCAAAGAUAAUACAUGUAGGAUAUGGCGCUGAGGAUGCCGGACUGAAUGUCCUAAUGACUUUCAUAUGGUGAAUUUUAUAGACAAUAACCACUAUGACCUUUAAAAACCCUUUUUGUGUGUCUUCUUCUCACUUUUAGCCUUAAUGAAAUAGAUCUGUUUCCUGAACUCAUGAGUUGAAUAGUGUCAGCUGGUUCUAUAUUGGCUUUAAAUGUGUUAAAUAAUUAAGUUGCAGGAAGUUAUAGGCCAGUAGUGGUAGAGAUGGGGUCGGUAGUGCUAGAGAUGGGGAUAUUCAUCAUGAUCUAAACUAUUACAUGGAUGCUUCUCUCAUGCUUAGUCGAAUAUACUUAAUGUGUUUAAUCUUUGGUUAAUAAACUAUUUGAAAUGCUAUUAUAGUGUAACUAUUCAUGUAGAAUUAAUUAGAUACUACAUACUGGGAAGCAAUAUAAUCAACAGGAACUAGUAAAUCUCAGAAAUGUGUUGCUUGUUACAUUCAUGUUAUAUGUUGUUGCAAGUCAUACGCUGAGUUUUUCAUUCUCACCAGAUCAUUUCUAGAGCAAGUACUGGACCUGUAAUAUUGCAAUGGAAAAUCGAUGCAAAUCUCUCUCCUCUACCUUCAGUAUGAACUGAACUCUCUGUAUGAAAGCCCAAUUUCAUAGAAGCCUGGUUUAUGUCAUUUUCUCUUGCUAACCUUUAGGGGAAGAGUCAGAAGAAUCAGGCCCCUUCAGGAACUGAAGGAGAGUACUUAGGGAAAAAGCAAACCGGAAACCAUCUUAAUUGUAGAACAAUUUAUGCUUCUAUCAUCUAUCAUGUUGCCCUAGAUGCAUGAACCAUGCUUCCUAUUUGUUCACUUAAUUCUUUUACCAUGGCAUUGUUGCUAUUUUUCUCCAAUCUUGGUCUCUUCCAAGGACUAAAAUGAUUGCCUCAGCUUUUAUGUAUACCAGCCAGAUGCUGAUUUUGGUGCCGGUAUGAAAACUUGAGUUCCAAAUCUUUUGAAUUCUACAUUCCUUACGCCACCAGUAUAAUCUUGUUUUCUGUAUUCCCCUGAAAAUGCCAAGCCAAUCAGAAGGCAAUGUAUCCUGACUUCCCUGUUCAGCAUUACUCUGUAGAUCUUCUGGUAUUAUUUAUGCUUGAGGUAUUAUUUAUGAUUGUGAAAGGGUCGAUAUGAGAUGUGCCACAGAGCAAGGUACAAUACCUUUUAAGACCUGGAAAGUGAAGGUUUACUUUGUUCUAGUGCACUUAUUCUAAAAAGAACAACUGCUACUGAAAAAUAUUUAUUUAUAAGAAAGGAACUAACAAAGUGUAAAAAAAAACUUCUGCUUUGGAUUGUGUAGCCAAACCUGCAUUGUGUCUGAGAAUCUACACCACUGUCUAUAGAGUUUUCAUAAUCUUGGUUCCCUUCUUAAGGCAAAAGAGGAUGUGGGUUAGUCCCAAUUAUAGAACAAAUUUGCAGAGCUAAUGAAGAAUAACAUGACUUGAUAUUUGUAUGCAAAAUUAUUUGUUUAUACAUUUUUACUUCAACACUGCCUUUUAAUUCUUAAACUCUUUCAUUUUAGAAUAGUUCAUUAGUGAGGAGAUAAAGUAUAUUUCAGAGGUUGGGGAUAAUUCCAUCCAGAUAUUUUCUUCUUUGGAGAAGUGUUGAAAAGUCGAUAAAUGACUGACCAAUCCAGACACUGCACCUUUUGUUGCAGUGAACUAACACAUUUUAAGUAGUGGUCUUCCAUAGAUACCCCUUCCCUAGUGCAUUUCAAUUUUUUGGGAUAUAUUUCUGCAUUACAGGUUAACCCUCAGUUUUUAGGAGCUGCACAUGCUUAAUCACAUUUGAAAAAUAAGCCCUCAGGAUACGUUAUUUCACUUCUUAAAAUGGACAUAUCUCUGUACACUUUUUGGGGGCGGGGGGAAAACCCUGUUUUGUUUGAUUUGGGAUACAGGAUUAUUUCUUUAUUUACAACAUUUAUAUUCUUCCCUUCUCACCCCAAAGGGGACUCAGGGCAGAUCACAGAACACAUACACAGCAAACAUUAAACAGAUAGGACAGACAACAGAUAAAGGUAUUAUGUUGGCGUUUUUUUUGCCCAACUUCGGUGUCCUGGAGGUUGUGCUCAUUUCCAGCUACAGGGAGGUGCUGUUGCUCCAUCCUCUAUGACGAGCCUUGAUCAUAGACUUCCUUCUUCCUUUGAUCACCGGUAUUUUUCUGGUAUUUCCUUUAUGGUGCUGCAAAAUACCUCCCCUCUUAAGUGGUGCCUAAUUUCUCUACUCACAGCUCACUGCUGUUUUUCAACUGCUUAGGUGGACCAUAAGCUGAGCUGAAGGUUGGGUGCUCACCCUAACCCAGGCUUCAAGCUGGCAACCUUUCGAUUGGUAAGAUCUAUUGCUGCUGGUGAUUAACCAGCUUUGCUAAAGCCCAGAUCUCCCUUCCUCCCUCUCCUUCUUUCCUUCCUUUUUGUUAAACAGUUCAAUUGCAGUGUUUUAUUCUUUCUGUAUCAGAGUUGGACUUAAGAGAAGCAAAGAUGACACGGAUUGUUAACACAAAUUUAUUUCAGAUCAGGUUGCAAUAUGAAGAAGAAACGUACAGAAUGGAAUUUCAUCACAUUUUAACAUGUCACUAUGUUAUUUGUGCUUGUAAACGUUUAUUCUACCAUCACUGAAAGUCAGUACAAUUUUUUUUACUAACCUGCAUUGAUCUAAAAAUAAAUAAUUUUUCUAGCAAUAUACUUUUCAAUUUUUUACUGUUGAGAGGUACUUAGUGAACAGAAGCCUGGACUGGCUUUUAAGACAGUGACAUUUCUUCAGAGGAGACCUAUGUGUUGUUCAGCCUGAGCUAGGACCAGGAAUAAACUAGAUGUUUUAUUAGUAAUAGUGACCUGUACUGUAGAAUAUUCAGAAAAGUUGCCUCAACACUUAAAAAUAGAUUUAAAUCCUGGAAAAUGUCUUCUUUGAAUUAUGAGAACAUACAGACAUGCACUUUUAAGAGGAACAAUUAGAUAAAUAUGGCUCUUUAUAAUUUAUUUAAAAUUAUUUCGAAAUAGUGCAAAAACAUUUGGGACAUAUUGCAGAAUCAUAUAGUUUUGUAAUGAAAAUAAAAUAUGUCUUCCAUAUUUUUGCAGAAAGAUAACAAGCAAUAUCACUAUAUGACCAAAAAUACAGUUUUGCUUU